AUGACGGCUGCUCGAGCUCCUGUUGAAGAGGAACCACAUCGCAGCCGCUUCUUGCAUAUUGCUGUUGUACUCAAGCUCAUCCAUCAUGCUUCAGCCGAAGGCUCUCCAGUUCCCAUCCUCCUCGCUCCAGGGCCGACUGAGGUGGCCCCUGCCGUCCUCAAAGCUGCAAGUCAUCCAGCCGAAUCACACUUCUCGCAGUCCUUCGCCGACGUGUUUGGCGACACUCUAUCCUCGCUGCGGCCACUCUUCCAAUGCACAGAUCCACAGGCCCAGCCAUUCGUGCUCGGCGGCAGCGGCACCCUUGGCUGGGACUUCGUCGCAACCAACUUCAUCGCAGAGGGCGAAGCAGUUCUCUGUCUCUCCACCGGCUUCUUCGCCAAUGGCUUCUACAACUGCCUCACCGCAUAUGGCGCAGACACCACAAAGCUGACGCCCACGGCAAUGGGCCGUGCUGUAUCCCUAGACGCUGUUGCCGCCGAAUUGCGAAGCAAGCAGUACAAAGCUGUCGUUGCAACACAUGUUGAGACUUCCACGGCCGUGCUGACACAACUCAAACCACUCUCGGACCUCAUCCGCAGCAUCUCACCAGAAACGUUACUUGUCGUCGACGCUGUUGCCUCCUUGGUCUCGGAGGAGCUGCGAUUCUCGGAAUGGGAUAUCGAUAUCGUCCUCACCGGAAGUCAGAAAGCACUCAGCUGCCCACCAGGACUAUCCAUCACAAUGGUCUCGAGCCGAGCGAUUGAUAUCGCGCUGCAACAGUAUAGCAGCCAGCAGAAGCAGCGGGGGUGGUAUGCGAGCCUGCCACGCUGGUUGCCAAUCAUGCGAUCGUAUGAGGCGAAGAAGGUGGGUUACUUCGCCACGCCACCAACGCAGUUGUUCGAGGUGUGGCGUCGACACAAGGCCAAGGCUGCCUCAGUGCGGGAGGCUAUCAGCCAGGAGCUGGGUCUGGUACUGCUGUCGACCGUACCAGAGGAGCAGGCAAACGGGCUCACAGCCUGUUGGCUACCGGAGGAGCUCGAGGCCAAGGAUGUGUUGGGCUCGAUGCUGAAGAAAGGCUUCAUGUUGAGUGGUGGCAUGCAUGCCGAAUUAGGCACCAAGUAUGUACGCUUCGGACACAUGGGCUACUCGGCCUUUGGUGAGGAGACGCAUGUACAGCAAGGUUUAGAGGCCCUAAAGGAGGUCUUUGCUGAGUUCCGGAAAGUCGAUGCUGAUGAAGGCGACGGUGACUCCGGGUAUGCGUCGCCCGGGUCUGUAUGA